AUGUUUAUUUGGAUGUUUUUUGUGUCCGUCAGAGCGCUAGAUCCAGAAAUAAUAGACCUUUUGACACCAGUGAAGAGUUUGGGAGAAGCUUGUGGUUAUGAUGCUUGUCCAAACCUCCAACAGGACGUUUUGAACGUGCAUUUGGUACCAUAUUCUCACACAGAACUAGGCAUGUAUAAGCAUUUUGACCUGUUUUGGAGUGGAGCGACUUAUUAUGAGGACAUGAACACAACGACUCAAAGUUCAAUGUUCAGCAUGAAAAUGACAUUUGAUGCAACGAUAACCGAAUUGUGGGAAAACCGAGAGAGGAAAUUUACUUUGUCGGAUUCAGAAUUACCUUAUUUCUUCCAUUGGUGGGCUAGGCGCGAUAGUACAGUGCGUCGCAUGGUGUACGAACUGCUUCGUCAAGGGCGCUUAUUUAUUGUCGGUGGAGGUUGGAGUAUGCAAGACGAAGGAACCACUAGCUACCACGCGAUCAUAGACAGUUACACCUAUUCUUUAAGAAAGUUGAAUAGGACAUUUUUGUCCUGCGCCCGGCCCCUAGUGGCGUGGCAGGCAGAUAACACCGGUCAUUCGCGGGAAUACGCCUCUUUGCUCGCUCAAAUGGGCUUCGAUGGACUCUUCAUUAGCCCCAUUAGCUUUGAUGAUGAGCUGAUAAGGAUGGAGAGGCGGGGACUAGAGUUCUUGUGGAGGGGGAGUGAUGAUCUCGGAAUGUCAACAGACAUUUUUACCCACAAACUGUACGACGGCUAUAGGUCCCCUCCUGGAUUCUGUUUCACACCGGGAAGCUUGGAUCCGUUUCUCGUCACCACUGCGAAGUCAGUUAUUCAAAUUGAAGAAAGAGCGGACCUCUUCAUAGAUUUAAUGAGAGAUCGCCAAAGCCCUUAUUACACGACGAAUCACAUAUUGGUCAUAAUGGGCGGCUAUUUUGGUUACUUUGCAGCUAGACAAUGGUUUAAAAACAUCGAUGCUUUAACCAAUGCUGUGAACAAGAAAACAUACAAGAUGGAAAAGAAAAUUCAUUUGCACUACUCAACUCCGCAUUGCUAUUUGAAAUCCGUUUACGAGGCACACCCAAUAUUAGAGACAAAACAAGAUGAUUUUAUCCCACUAGGAUACGACAAAAACAACUAUUUGAGCGGUUGUUUUACAAGCAGACCGGAUCUUAAAUAUUUUAUUCGCGUAGGACACGUUUACUUACAAACAGCCAAGCAGUUGCAAGUUCUUGCCAAGCUGGGCCAUGAUAAAAUACUAGAUGACUUCAUGUGGAUUAUGGGUGUGAUGCAAGACCACAAUAUCAUCACCGGGUCAUUAGCCCACCACUCCAAAUUGUAUUACAUGAAGCGUUUGGACUAUGCUAUUCAACGAUCUAUGACAAUACUCCAAGAUGGAUUUAACGAGUUGACUGAAAGUUCAUUUCGCAUUGAGUACAAAAGAUGUGAAUUUAAUUCGUCCGUUUGUCCAUUUACCGCAUCUCCUACGUUUCAUAUCCUACUAUAUAAUCCACUAUCUUGGCCUGUGACUAUGCCUGUCAGAAUUCCAGUACGAAAAUCCAAAUAUAUCGUCUAUGAUACUAAAGGAAACAAAAUUAAAGCUUCGCUCCUUCCUGUUUCGAUACACGUACUUAAUAUAGUCACUAGAGAAACGAAAACUGACCACGAAGUAGUCUUCUUAGCAAAUGACAUCCCAGGCAUGGGCUUCAAGUCAUACUACUUCGAAAGGGUAGAAAAACACAAGAGAUCUAUCAUAAAGAAGCUAAAUCCACACCCCCAAAAGAAAUAUUAUAUACGACAAGCAUCGGACGUCUACAAUAAGACCUACUUCGAAGAAGAGGCAAUAUACGAUGAUGAGGACGAGAAAAGUGAACGAAGAUAUGAUGAUGAAUUUAAAGAUGACAAACCGAAUAUCAGUUUUGCGUCUGUUGAAGAUUUUUCACCGGAUAAUAGGAAUGUCGUAACUCCCAAAUCGAACAGAGCUAACGAUACUACUGAAGUUAUCCCAAUUUUGUUGAAGGAAGGAACGGAUACAUAUAUAGCAGAGACAUCAACAAUAGUGACUGAAGGUCAAAAUACCACAGAAUUGAAAAGUUUAGAAAGAACAGCAGAAAUUUUACAGACAACACAAAAACAAACGACAAAUACAAAUGUUGUGACAGAAGAGCUUAACGUAGUCACAGAGAGAGUAGAAAUAGCUACAAGGACACCGAAAAAGGGAAGUGAGAGGGAGAACUUAGAUUCAUUCUAUGCUGUUGAAUCUAAGGAUAAUUUUAUAGAAAAUAAAUAUAUAAAAAUAGAGCUAGACAGCUACCGCAAGAUAUCAAAACUGACUCUAUCCAACCAUCUCAAUACAUCUUUGGAUAUACAAUUUUAUUAUUAUGUAUCCGACGAAGCAACUAAAGUAAGAGAGGAAGUUACGGACGUGAUAGACCCAGGACCACACCUCUUCCGACCGAUGGACCCAAAACCUGUACCAAUAAUGGACUAUUUAGAUACGAAAAUAUAUAAAACUGAUGUUGUACAGGAGGUACAUAGUAUAUAUUCGGCGUACGCGUCGUUUGUGGCGAGACUGUAUAAGGAUUCUCCGUGUUUGGAGUUGGAGUGGACUGUAGGAGAAGUACCAGUAGAUGACCAGCUAGGAAAAGAAGUGUUUAUAAGGUACACCACGGAAUUGAACAAUUCCGGUGUCUUUUACACGGACUCGAACGGGCGACAGACGGUGAAAAGGAUAAGGAAUCAAAGAGCCACUUAUGAGCCAUACGACUUCAAUAAUAUUGCUGGUAACUUCUACCCUGUGACGUCAAAAAUCUAUAUAGAAGAUACUGCAAUGGACGCCCGAUUCUCAAUACUAAAUGAUAGAGCACAAGGAGGCACAUCAUUAAUAGACGGGGCCAUAGAUAUGAUGGUCGUGCGCCGAAUUUUAACAGACGAGACAGGAAUUGGCCUAACUGUCAACGACACAAUUGACGGCAAAGGCGUUAUUGUCUCCGGGAAGCACUAUUUAUACUUAUCGAAAUCGAACUAUCGACCCAACAGAGCGUUCGAAAAGAAAUUGGCAAAAGAGAUAGAAUUAAAACCUCUUUCGAUCAUCUCGGACACACGUUUGACAAUUGACAAUUGGCUCGAUUUAAAAAUGGAAUUCGCGGGUAUCAACCGACUGCCAUUCGGCGUCCAUGUUUUGACACUUCAAAAUUGGAACGACGGAACGCUUCUGGUGCGUUUAGAGAACUUUCUAGAGAAAUCCGAUGUAGUUAAAACUGGCGUUAAAUAUGUGUUUUUGAAGCGUUUGUUUUAUAACAUUGAAGUAGAGAGAGUAAGAGAGACGACUCUAGCUGCUAAUGUGUGGCUGUCCGAUUGGACUCCGCUGCGUUGGGAGAAAAAUGGCAGUUUUCUGACUAACUUUAAUAAAUAUUACGGAACGGAUCUUUACGAGUAUGAUGACAAAGAAGAACCGUUAAAGGACGACGAUAAGCCUGGAAUAAAGCUGGUCCCACAGCAGAUACGGACAUUCGUUGUGUGGUUUAAGAGUAGCUAG